AAAUGGAUUUCGAUUUCGAUUCGGAGCCAAAAACGCCUCCUCAACUACCCCCUGCUCCACCGAUUCGGACAGUGUCGAAUAACCCAAAAGUCACGUUUAAAGGCGCACAGACUUGGAGAGAAUCUGUCGGAAUGUUUUUGGUUAUGGCACUGGCAUUGGCAGUGGCGAUCUCAAGCCUGGUGCUCCUUUGUUACGUGUGGAAGGACAAGCAAGUGUACGAUCAUAUUGUGGAUUUCCUCGACAAAACGAUACAAAUCUCGAAAAUCGCUGAACGUCCGUUCCUAGGAGUAUAUCAGUUGUCUGAAAAAGAGCUUGAAGUGCUUGGAAACGAGAGAACUUACAAAUGGUUUCUCCGCGGCUACCUGCUCUCCGAGCUCGGCGUCUUCUUCUUCAUUUUCUUGGCCUCGUUCCUCUAUUUUUGCUUUGACAUUUCCGGUGGAAAAGCUAGAGUUGUGUUUUGGCUUGUCCUAGCCACCGGAAUUCUCUACGCCGUUGUACCAAUCCACGUGUUCACCUUCGUCCUGAUGCCCUACUCAAACAUGCUUCCAAACGCCACCGAGAAAAUUCUGAACCACGCGAUUCCGCAUAAUGUGGGUGGCAUUCAACAAAUGGAAAUUGGACUCGGCUGCACAUUUGACUUGAAUUUAUAUGCGGCAAAUCGGAGAAAACUUAAUCCCAAUAACACUUGCGAUCCACAAAUCGACUCUUCUUUCAUCCCAAUCUACAUGUUAAUUGGUCUCCUUGUCAUUCGCCUGCUCCCAAUUGUGCUCGGUGUCCUCCUCGCCGUUAAAAAGACCCCGCUUAGCGAAGGAGUCGCACAACUUGUUGAGAAACUUCGGAAAGGGGAAAAGAGAAGGUUAUACGUUAAGAAGCAACAACGAACCACGACCACUUUUGAUGGAGAGCAUGUGAGCAAGAGUACGACUUUUGGAGUUGAUGGUACUCCACCAAGAAUCACGUCAACUCCACUUCCGCCUGUUCCAUCGCCAGCUCAAAUUGAUCAUAGCAUUAGCUACAACAACGCCGCCUAUUUUGCCACUUCUGGCGCUUUUUCCUCUCGAUCCAGUGAUAUUUCCAGAAUUGAUGCUAGCGAACUUUUCAAAAACCCUAUCAACCGUGCUCCAUCGGGCAGUCUCCAGUCUGAAGUGUGAUUUUCUUUGAAAAAUUUCAAUUUUCUCGCUCAAUCUCUCACUACGUUGCCUUUCUUUGACAAUCCUGACCAAUUUGAAGCAUCCUCACCUCAGUUUUCUAUUGAAAAAAAACUAUAUCUUUCAUUUUGCCCCCACCUUCCCCGUUGUGUACUGGUAUUUACUGUACUUAUAUAUUGAAUUGCAUUUUUUUUUAAAUAUUUUUUGUGAAAAUUGAAAUAAAUACUUGGAUUUAAA